AGUAGCAGUAGAUUGUACAUGUAGCAUAAACAUAUGGCACCAUGAUAAAGCCACAGAGCUCACGUUGCCUAUUCUAAAAGAUACUUUCGGCUGCCCGAAGGAAGCUUAAAGGAGAGCGAAGAUAGAAGAUGCUUCUCCCUAGAAAAAAGCAAUAAGAAAAUUCCCAUUACUCUCUUGGAUUCUCUCUCCAAUCUGCACCCUCCCCUUUGUUGUUCCCCUGUUCUUCUUUGAGAUUUUUGGAAGAGAAAGGGGUUAAUUUGGGUGAGAAUAAUGUUGUGUAGAAUGGUGUUGUUGACAAAGAAGAAGAAGAAAGGAGCAGUGCCGGUUUAUCUCAAUGUGUACGAUCUCACGCCGAUGAAUGGCUACGCCUACUGGCUCGGCCUUGGGGUCUACCAUUCUGGCGUGCAAGUUCAUGGUGUUGAAUACGGGUUUGGAGCACAUGAGCACCCGACAUCAGGAAUUUUUGAAGUGGAACCAAAACAUUGUCCUGGUUUCACAUUCAGGAAAUCGAUUUUGAUAGGAAGAACUGAUCUAGGUCCCAAAGAGGUCCGUACCUUUAUGGAGAAAUUAGCUGAAGAUUACUGUGGAAACACUUACCAUCUUAUUACGAAGAACUGCAACCACUUCUGCAACGAUGUGUGUGUCAAAUUGACCCGGAAACCUAUUCCUAAUUGGGUCAACCGACUUGCUCGACUUGGUUCUUUCUGCAAUUGUGUCCUUCCAGCUAAUGUCAGUGAGACAAAAGUUCGGCAAGUUAAAUCAGGAGAUAGGGUUUAUGAAGGAGAUAAGAAGAAAUUGAGGAGCCAGUCAAGUAGGUUCCCAACUUCUACUAAUCGUCCACCUCCUUCAUUAUCUUCUUGUCCUCCAAGUGCUGCAAUCAAAAGUACUAGUAGACAAAGACGUUCUCUCCCUCCAUGUUUGUCUAUGAUUGAUUCUGCUCCAGCCACAACCUUGACUUUAAAGCUGUAAUGGCAGUCUGGUUUGAUAGUUUAUAGGUGUUAGAAUUAAACAAAAAAAAAAAAAAGGCAAAACAGUAAAUCCCUGUCUAUUUUAAUUAGUUUUACUGUUCUUUUCUCAUGGUUGUGGAAACAGCUGCUUGAAAAAUGUGGCAGCGUUUCUGUUCUGUAAAAUCCCCUGUUUUUACUUGAAUAGUUGAAUGGAAAGAUAUAAUAAUGCCUUUCCAAUUCUCAGCUUCUUCCUUGUGGACUACAUGUUGCCUUAGUUUUUCUGGUGCUGCUCAAGGGCAGGGGAAAAUAUUGGAAAAUAUUGGGUAUUGAACAUGUAUGUAUAAUCUGCAUGACUGG